AUGGAUAAGACGUGGGUUUGGCUGCCAAGGAAUAGUGACGAGUACUCAGAAGGAGCAACUAAUUUUGUGUAUUCAUCAGCAAGAAGAUUGGGAAAUCUGUCUGAAAUGAUGUGUCCUUGCAGAGACUGCCGCAAUUUAAGCCAUCAGCUAGUUGAUAAAAUAGUCGAGCAUCUAGUGAUUAGGGGUAUGGAUAAGAAGUACAAGAGCUCUUGUUGGAGUGUUCAUGGUGAAAAAAGAGAAUCUAAAGAAGACACUGGUCCUGGCAAUGAAAGGGAGGCAUAUGAGUUGUUUAAGACAGCAUUCUCCAUGGAUGAAGAUGGUCCAAAUCAGACGAAUGAAAGUGGGGUGGAGCCAAAUGAUGGUGAUGAAGCAGCAGAGGAAACUGAGUUUAGGAAAAAGUUAAGAGACGCUGAAACGCCAUUGUACUCGGAUUGUAUCAAACACACGAAGGUUUCAGCAAUCAUGGGACUUUACAGAUUCAAGGUUAAAGUGGUGUGUCUGAGAAUUACUUCGAUCAGCUGUUGGUUUUGCUUAAGGAUAUGCUACCUGAAGACAAUGUGCUUCCAAAGAGUAUGGAUGAUCAAGAAAUUUCUGAAGAUCUUUGGGUUCGGCUACGACAAUAUUCAUGCUUGCAAGAAUGAUUGCAUACUGUAUAGGAAGGAGUAUGAGAACCUACAAAGCUGUCCAAGAUGCAAAGUUUCAAGAUGGGAAAUGGAUAAGCACAGUAAUGAGAUAAAGGUGGGGAUUCCGGCAAAGGUCCUUAGAUAUUUUCCAAUCAAGGACAGGUUUAGGAGGAUGUUUAGAUCAAAGAGGAUGGCUGAAGAUCUGUGUUGGCACUAUACCAAUGCGACUGAAGAUGGUACGAUGCGACACCCCGUUGAUUCUAUCUCUUGGGCACAAGUGAAUGAUAAAUGGCCAGACUUUGCUGCUGAACCAAGGAAUCUUCAACUUGGAAUUUCUACAGAUGGGAUGAACACUUUCUCCAUGCAAAACACCAAUCACAGCACAUGGCCAGUGUUGUUAGUGAACUACAACACACCUCCAACGAUGUGUAUGAAGGCUGAGAAUAUAAUGUUGACAUUGCUGAUCCCUGGUCCAACAGCUCCUGGUAAUAACAUAGAUGUCUACUUAGCACCAUUAAUAGAUGAUCUUAAAGAUUUGUGGGCUGAGGGUAUUGAAGUCUACGACUCAUUUGCGAAGGAGAAUUUCACACUUAGAGCCUUGCUGCUUUGGAGUAUCAGUGACUAUCCAGCAUUAGGAACCUUGUCUGGAUGUAAAGUGAAGGGGAAACAAGCAUGCAAUGUAUGUGGAAAGGAUACACCAUCUAGGUGGCUUAAGUUCAGCCGCAAGUUUGUCUACAUGGGAAAUAGAAAGAGACUACCGCCUGGCCAUCGUUACAGAUAUAAAAAAGCUUGGUUCGACAACACAGUGGAGGAAGGGAAUGCGAGUAGGAUACAAACUGGCACUGAGAUAUAUGAGACAUUACAAGCUUUUAGGAAUGAUUUUGGAAGACCUCUAGAUAAGGAGAAAAAAAGGAGAAGACCAGAGUUGGAAGAUGAUGAGAUGGUUCAAGAAGAAGAGUGUGAAGAAUCAAAUGAUCUAUGGCGGUGGAAGAAGAGAUCAAUAUUCUUUGAACUACCUUACUGGAAGGAUAUGCAUGUUCGUCAUAAUGUUGACGUUAUGCACGUUGAAAAGAAUGUGUCGGAUGCUAUACUGUCUAUCUUGAUGCAAAGUUCAAAGUCAAAAGAUGGUUUGAAAGCAAGAAAAGACUUAGCAGAUAUUGGAAUCAGAAGUCACUUGCACACAGAGGUUAGGGGUUCAAAAACAUACUUACCUCCAGCAUCGUAUUGGCUAUCGAAGAAAGAGAAGACCAUUUUCUGCAAAAGUGUUUCAGUUAACCCUCCUAAUUUAGGUAGUUUAAAGUCGCAUGAUCAUCACGUGCUAGUACAGAACUUGUUACCAGCUGCAUUAAGAGGGUUGUUGCAUAGUGGUCCUAGGAUUGCCAUUAACAGAUUAUGCAGCUACUUUAACAGGUUGUGCCAACGCAUCAUUGACCCGGAGAAACUUAUAUUAAUGGAGACAGAGUUUGUGGAAACAAUGUGUCAACUGGAGCGCUUCUUCCCUCCAUCUCUUUUUGAUAUCAUGUUCCACCUUCCAAUACAUCUCUCAAAAGAGGCACGCUUGGGAGGACCACUUCACUUCCGCUGGAUGUAUCCAUUUGAAAGGUACAUGAAAACACUAAAGGCCUUUGUUAAGAAUUAUGCAAGGCCAGAAGCAUGUAUGGCUGAGGGGUAUUUAGCUGGAGAAUGUGUUGCAUUUUGUUUAGAGUUCCUUCAAGAUUCAGUACAAGUUCAAGAACCAGUUAAUCGUAAUGAAGAUAUUGAGGCUGAUAGAGUCGUGGUUGAAGGUUGA